CGUUUUUCAGCGUUUGUAUUAGUAAUAUCGCAUAUGUUAGUAUCUGAAGAGAAGCUAUGGAAAUGUACUGCGACAGAUAUACGAAUUUUAAUCCAGUAAACAGCGUUAGAUUGUUUUUGGCGCCCUUUAUUUUCCAACGGUUUCUCUGAUUUCUCAGCUUCUGUACAGACGCGCGACUGCUGACAACCUGAUUACUUUAUUGGUGUGAAUACUUAAUAAAACUAUACACUGAUAUGAGUGCAGUUGUAGUUGUAAUCACUAUAGUGAUGAGCUCAUCCUGCAAAUACUUUUUGAAAAAUGAGCUGAUCCGCUGCUGACCCUGAAUGUUUGUGUUAAUGAGUGUUUGAAGUCUGAGGCUCAUCAAUAUUCACAUCUGUAAAUGUUAUUGGCGUCACCUGACCUGAGCUAAUCACAUAUUGUAUCACUGGAUAUAACAUCAUAAUGUGUUUAUUUUCUCAAUCAGUGUAAAUGAAUCAGAUUUCUCUGUUUGUUCUCCUGAAGCUCUGCCGCCAUCAGUGAAAGACAAAGACAGAGUUUAUUGAAGGACAGUGAGAAGAUGAGUGAUCCAGAACCCUGCAGAAUUAAACAGGAAGACACUGAAGAACUAAUAGAUGUGGUGGUGGAGGAGGAGAGUGAAGAACUGAGUGAAGAUGAGGAGAAACAUCAUGUCAAGAGUAAGAAAAAAACUCAAGUGAAGGUCAGACGUAGUUCAUCAAUGAAAAAAACAGCUGUGAAAUGUUACACCUGCACUCAGUGUGGAAAGAGCUACAACCUCAAAGAGACUCUCAAGCGUCACCUGAUUAUUCACACUGGAGAGAGACCUUACAAGUGUUCACACUGCGACAUGCGAUUCAAUAAUAGAGGGAACCUGAAAACACACAAGCUGAUCCACACUGGAGAGAGAACACACAAAUGUGAUCAGUGCGGCAAAACAUUUUUGAGACCUUACGAGCUGAAGAAACAUCUUAGACUUCAUAUAAAUGGGAGGCCGUAUUCAUGUUCUGAGUGUGGGAAGAGUUUUGCACGACGGUCAUGUUUAAAUGACCAUCAGAAGACCCACACUGGUGUGCGAGAGUUCGUCUGCUCUGACUGUGGGAAGACUUUUAUUAGAGCUGGAGCUUUGAAAUUGCACCAGAUGAUUCACACUGGAGAGAAACCGUACAAGUGUUCACACUGCGACAAGACAUUCAGACAAUCCGGACACCUGAAAAUACAUAAGACGACUCACAGUGGAGAGAGAACAUUCACAUCUACUCAGUGUGGGAAGAGUUUCAAAGAAUCAUCAGACUUUAAUGUGCUGAGUCACACUGCAGAGAAAAAACACGAGUUAAAAAAGCACAAUGAAAUCUCCCUUCCUGAAAGCUCUACUCUAUAUUCACACACACCAGAUUUCUCAGUUAAACAGCCCCUGAUAUGCAUCAUAAAAGGUCCUGUUUUGGUUUUGGGGUCUCCAACAACAGGCAUGAGUGAUCCAGAACCCUGCAGAAUUAAACAGGAAGAGACUGAAGAACUAAUAGAUGUGAUGGUGAAGGAGGAGAGUGAAGGACUGAGUGAAGAUGAAGAGAAACAUCAUGUCAAGAGUGAAGAAGACACUCAAUCAGAGACUGAAGAUAAUUUUUCAGUGGAAAGAACAGCUGUGAAAUGUUUGACCUGCACUCAGUGUGGAAAGAGGUUAAGCUCCAAAUCUAAUCUUAAGAUUCACAUGAUGAUCCACAGUGGAGAGAAACCCUUCAAGUGUUCACACUGCGACAUGAGGUUCAAUCGUUUAGCAAUCCUGAAAUCCCACGAGAGAACUCACACUGGAGAGAAACCGUACAAGUGUUCACACUGCGACAAGAGAUUUAAUUUUUCAGACAGCUUAAAAACACACAUGCUGCUCCACACUGGAGAGAAACCACACCAAUGUGAUCAAUGCGGCAAAGCAUAUUUAUGGCCUUCGGGGCUGAAGAGCCAUCUUAGAGUUCACACAAACAAGAAGCUUUAUUUAUGUCCUGUGUGUGGAAAGAGUUUAACAACCCCGACAGUUUUAGAAAAACAUCUGAAAAUCCACACUAGAGAGAAACCACACAAAUGUGAUCAAUGCAAAAAAACAUUUACGAGGCCUUCAGAGCUGAAGAACCAUCUUAGAAUUCAUUCAAACGAGAGGCCGUAUUCAUGCUCUGAGUGUGGGAAGAGGUUUAUAUUGCAGUCAAAUUUAAAAAAACAUCAGAAGAUCCACACUGGCGUGAGAGAGUUCGUCUGCUUUGACUGUGGGAAGACUUUUAUUACGGCUGGAGGCUUGAGACGACACCAGAUGAUCCACACUCGAGAGCUCCCUUACCCGUGUUCACACUGCAACAAAACAUUCAGACAUUCAGGACACCUGAAAACACAUGAGAGGAGCCACACUGGAGAGAAAAAUCACGAGUUAAAAAAAGCAGAAUGAAAUCUCCCUUCCUGAAAACUCUACUCUAUAUCCACAAACAUCAGAUUUCUCAGUUAAUCAGCCCCUGUUAUGCAUUAUAGAAGACCCUAUUUUGGUUUUGGGGUCUCCAACAACAGGCUGAUGUGAAUAUAAGCUUAAAGAACACUGUCAAUGUUUUUUAAUACUCAGUUAUUUUCACCUAAUGAUCCCAACGACAAUGAUUUGUUCAGUAAUUAAUCUUGUCCAAACCCUUGCUUUGUGUGAUGCCAGUCUGCGGUGAUUGGUCUGAUGACCCAGUCUGUUGUGAUUGGUUGACUGUGUUCAACGCAUGACUGAUAGGAAACGCCCACCAUGGCUUAUCAGUAUACUGGAGCAACUAUGACGUCAGUUUGUAUGCACAAACCUGUAGGCAGUUAGCAUGUUAACAGUUCUGGUUCCCUCGUCCCAGAGUCAGUGGGUUAUUUGAAUGGGAUUUUGGUUAAGUGGCUGAAAUAAGGUUGGUGGCAAACACAAACUCAAGAUACUUUCAUGUUUUAUUCUACGACACUAAACACAUCACUCUUGACUUUUUAAAUCGGUUCCGCUUCUGUAAAAAGACGGUUGCUCAAUGGGUCUACAGGCGAUGUCGGACUCAUACGUCAUCGAACUGAACUGGUCUGGAACAGGUCUGUGUAUAUUUUGGUCAUUGGAUUUUCAUUCAGAAACGAAUAUUGAAAAACGAGCCGUCUUUUGAUUUUCCUUUUAAAGUUCAAAAACAUAUUGAAAUACGAGGCGUUUUUCUUUUUCAUUUUUAAAAAUGGAACAGCAAAAUGUAAAAAUUAUUUGAUUUAAAUUUUUUAGUACGAAUAACAAACAAUAAAAUCACCAAAAAACAACACGAAUGAAGGCUUGUUUUUUAUAUCCCGAAACCAGAUUGGCCGACUCAUUCACGAUGACGCAAUGCUGCCACACACAGGCUAGCCUACUAUAGGCUACUAUUUUUUCCACUUAAUAAUGUUGUAAAAGGUAUUUUCUAGUGAUAGUGGACAUUUUUUCCUCAAUAAGAUGACACAUUUCUCGUAUAAUUUCUCGCUAUUUAUUUAUUUAUUUUUCGUUAGCAUGUUUUAAAUGGAACAACCUUUAUUUUGACGUUACAUGCAAGCGUUACGUUACUUUACUGAACUUUUUUUUUUUAAAUGAAAGUUUUAAUAAUGUUAAAACCAUAAUACAGGGUGGGCCAUUUAUAUGGAUACACAUUAAUAAAAUGGGAAUGGUUGGUGAAAUUAACGUCUUGUUUGUGGUACAUUAGCAUAUGUAAGGGAGCUUGUAAAUAACUCAUGAACGAAUAACGUUAAGUAAAAAAGAAGCACACCAUUGUUGUUCUUGUGAUAUUCCCAGUGUGUUUAAUAAGGUUUAUCCACAUAAAAAGCCCACCCUGUGCUUCCACUUCCCGAAGUUUGACCACGAAUCAUUUCAAGUGAGGGAGGCAUCCGUACAGUUGUUCGCUAAGCACAUUUCAAUAAGUCAUAGUGUUUUAAAAUAAAAAUGAACAAUUAAUUAUGCUGAUAAGCAUCCCAUGUCUUUUAAAAAUGGACUAUCACUAAAGCUGCGGAUGAGUUGUGUGUGCAUCAUCACCCCACUAAGUUCUUGCAUAGCCUACUCAUUUUUAAUACUUGUAUUGAUUAAAAAAUAACCUACUGGUUAUAUAUAUAUAUAUAUAUACAUAUGCUUAUAGGUUAUAUCAGGCAAUAGAAUAGGCAACCUAUUCUGAACCUUAAACACUUCAUCACUUGGUGUCUUUAGUUCCUGAACGUCUUUUCAGUGUGUUGAAAAGGAACGGCUACAUUACAAAAUGGUAAAUGCUUUACUGAUACAACUUUUUCUUUUUUUAAACGUGUUGCUUGAACCAAAAAUGGAAAAAUGUUUAUUUAAAUAUAAAUAAAUCAUGGGGAACAGAUUAAAUAAUGUUUGUUGUAUUGUCUGUAAUGAAAUACAAGCUGAAGUAAAUUUAGAAGUCGCUACUUAUUUAUUAUUUAUUAUUUGUGUUUUCCAUAAUGUCUCAACUUUUUCUGAUUUAGGGUUGUUAUUGGAGAUCCAUAAUGUGUGUAGAUAAUGCCUUCACUUGUAGAGACCGUCAUGACGGAUUCAUUUGUUGAUUGUUUAUUUUAAUAAAAUGAUUUUAUGAAGAUACUGCUGACCAUA